UUUUUUCGCCGCGCGGGUGCCCUAGCAGCAACCCUAAGUGGAGCGGUGUGUGUGAGUCUCAUCAGUCCCGGGUGGGGCUUGGCUGGGCAGGCAGCUCUCCUGGUGACCACACCGGCGGGCAAAUUGCGAGUAUCCAUCAAGCCACUCAGCAAGAACGCAUCGACCCUUCCUCCUCAAGGUUCAUUCACGAUGUCGGGCCACAAGGAACACACCCUGCCUACUUUCCAACGAUUUGUAGAGGUGGGCCGUGUGGUGCUCAUCAACGACCCGUCAUCCCCCUCCAACGGAAAAUUGGCCACCAUCGUUGAAAUCAUCGACCACGGCCGCGCUCUCAUUGAUGGUCCUACCACAUCCGUCCCUCGCCAAUCGAUCGCUUUCCGAAGAGUGAUCCUCACUCCCUUCCUCAUCAAGGGUCUUCCCCGUGGAUCCCGGGCCGCCACCGUCGGAAAGGCCUUCGAGAAGGCUGAAAUCGCCAAGAAGUGGGAAGCCAGUGGAUGGAAGAGAAACAUUGAUUCGAAGACUACCAGAAGAUCACUCACCGACUUCCAACGAUUCGAGGUUAUGAUUUUGAAGCGACAACGACGGGACAUCAUCAACAAAGGUCUCGUGAAAGCCAAGAAAGUACAAGCAUAAACGUUGAAUCAAUUUUUGUGUACUUUAACCCACUUGACCCACCUCACCUGCUCCCUCCCUCCCCCCCCCCCAUCAUCUCAUCCCCUCCGCCCAUUUCCACCUGCGUGUGUGUGUUGUAACCCACUUUGAGACCAAUGGUGAUCAAAUGGGCCUUGCUCAACAACCAUAUCGGGACUAUGCGACCCUCUAUGCAACCUAAUGACCUUGAUAUGCCAAUGUCUCUGCAAUUCUGUAAGAUCUACCCAAAGGUAAUUGCUUGGAUCGUCUCUCGUCCACUUAGCCCAUCAGACGCGCCAUGUCUUGUGAUUAGUUGUACGAGUCUCUUUUGCCACCAAGAGUCUGUUGCAUAUGAAUGCCUUCAAAGCUUUGUCAAAUUGCCUCCUAGCUGGGAAAUACAUUUCCAGUCACCAAUC